AUGUCUCCCAAUAUAUCUCACGCACCUGUCACCCUACAUUCCGAUGGGACGCCGCCUCGCGAGACCGUUGCCUUGACGCCCCCAAGAUCGGCGGUCCAUUUAACCUCGCGGAAUCACUUUAACAAUCCGCCUUCACAUCGUCGGGCAAACACCGAAUAUAUUGCACGGCCACCACUCUUUGAGGAGGGCACCAGCCACACAAUAUCAGGCCCGAAGAGUACCCCUUGGACGGAAACAUUCCCGAAGAAGAAGUUCGAAGCAAGAGCCAGGGUCUUGUCUGAUUGGUUUCAGGGGAAAUCAGAUCCAGUCGAGUUGGGACUGAAAAUGGGCACCAACAGUGUUUCAGCUGUGACCGGAUUGGAUUCCCGUCCAUCUCCCCCAUCCACGUCACAUAUGAGGCAGAACUCGACUCCUACAAAUCGGUUUUCAUUCUUCGGUCUGCGCCGACAACCAAGCAGACCCAACUUCCCGGAACCAGCAGAUGAUGAGUUCUUGAACCUGGACAUCAGUGCCGCUCUCUCACUACCUGAAUUGGAUGAUACCGACGAUGAGGCACUAGAUGCCCUACGAGAUCACGCCGACAAAGUGUUACGACGCAUGCAGGAGGCCUAUAAGCAGCGUACCUUCGCCAUGCACCAGGCACUGGUGGAUAAGAAUGAAAAGCAGGAGGAGCUCGAAGAGACUCGUGCUAGAGUCGAUCAUCUCAAGAUGCAACUAGACGGCGUGGCCGCCAAGGUGCUUGAUCAAGAGAAAGCCAUGCAGGCCAUGGCCGAGGAAUUGGAGCAAGAGAGACAAAUGCGGAAGGCUGAAGAAUCCCACAGUCGCAGUUGUGGAAUCCGUACUGUACAUCAAGAUGACGACGUGCCUUCUAUGGCACUCCAAACUCCUCGGCGUGGAGGCAAGCGUGCUAGUCACAGCACCUUCACCAGCGACUCGGGCUUUGAGUCCGGUGACGAGAGUGUUGCCGAUAGCAUCUUCUCCCAGCGUGAGGGUCUCGAGUCUCCCACCUCCACGCUGACAGCACCAUCUCCCAACAUGUCGCAGAUCGCUCUGUCUACGCCGACGGGCCCGAUGCCAACACCUACAAUCCAGAAGAACCUGGUCGCGGUCACGAGUGCACCACCACCUCCACGCUCAUCGGCAUACGAUCGAGUGUUGAAGGGUCUUGCUUCAACGCGUUUAGGUAGCUCUUUCACUGGUGGUAACAAUACGUCUAAUUGCAACAACUGCUAUGGAGUGCCCGCCUCCGAGGCAUGGAGUGUCAUGGGUAUUCUGCAAGAUGAGAACCGGGGUCUGAAGACACGACUGGGAGAGCUCGAGGUAAUCAUUGAUGAUUGCCUGGGUCUCGUUGAAGUUUGA